GUGACGUGGUCUACCUUCUGCGGUUGACAGCCAACUGGGGCCGGUGUCUGCCUUAGGGACUUCUGCCAGGAUGACGCAAUACACGCCUUUCCUGGACAAUGUGACGUCACACGAGAGCCUGGUCAUUACGUCAUACCAUCAGAACGAGAGUGACAUCAGAUGGUGCCUGCAGAAACCGACGGAGGAGGGGGACAAGUCGCACAAACAUUUUUACGAAAUGGCGCAGAUCGUGACCGGCCUAUUCAUCUACCCGACCGUGUGUUUUCCGGGAGUUCUCGGCAACGCGCUCACCAUCUUCGUCCUGUCUCGCCGCAACAUGCACACGUCCACCAACGCCUUCCUCAGUGCCCUGGCCGUGGCUGACUCCAUCAAACUCCUCAACGACAUCCUCUACUUCUUCGUCAUCGUCUUCAUGCGCACAUCCCCCACGCUAGGGAACCUCAGCUACGGGUACCUCUACCCUUACGCUCACUUCGUGUUCAAUUUAUCGGCGUGCGUGUCGUCGUGGCUCACGGUAUCGGUGGCGGUGGAGAGGUAUAUCCUCGUAUGUCACCCGACGAGAGCGAGAGAGCUGUGGAGCAGGAAGUGUGCCGUGCUCCUGUGCACGUGCAUUUACGUCAUAAUGACGUUAUUGGCGUUACCCUCGGCGUUGAGAUAUCGCACGAUUCGUUGUGUGGAUAGAGAGACGAACGUGUCACGUCUGGAUGUGGAGCUUACGGAGCUCUGGAGGAAUAAGUCCUUCGUUACUUCCUACAUCUGGGCGCAGAAUCUGAUGCGGUCCAUCAUACCCCUCUUAGUGUUGAUCGUUCUCAACAAGUGCAUCAUUUCCGCACUAAGACGCACUCGUGCGAACCGGCGCCGCAACUCGCGUCAUCGAGUUACUGUGAUGAUGAUCGUCGUGAUCCUCGCUUUCCUCGUGUGCAUUACGCCAGACGCCAUUCUCUCUACCGUCUUCGGGGAGGGUUACCACGAGGCGGGCUACCUCACCAAGGGCAUCAGAGAGAUCACGGACUCUCUGCUCGCCAUCAACGCCGCUAUCAACUUCCUCAUCUACUGCGCUUUCAAUCAAGUGUUUCGUAAAAGCUUCGCCCGGAUUUGCUGCCCGCAUUACAGGCAGAGCGGCUGGAUAACCGAGCUGGAUGAAUCCACGUACCGGAGACUCUCCGAAGCCAAGAGUAACGUCACUUCCGCCAACAGUUCUCCGCGGAGACAAGACACGCCCCCGACUAUCGUAUCCGACCCGUCCCCCACCGGAAACCACGCCAACGGCCAGGCGCACAGAAGUCUUCCAGGUGUGGGCCACGUCAGGGGGUCAGUAGACUCGGAGCACACGCGCCACGGCUCGUGCACCUUGGACACCACGCGAGACUCCUCCGCGCCACGGGUCACACGGGCUGGCAGUCAGAGGCGCCACGUCAUGUCCUCCGUAUCGUCCGAGGAGGAGACACGUGACUUCAGCGGGAGGGGCAACCGCCUUUGCAGAGGCUCCUCCGGAGGCCUGAAGAAAUCUCGGAACAGCAUCAAGUCCAACAGAGCCAAGUCUCGACAGGCGGCUAAGUCGGGCAGUAUGAGAAUGACGCCAAUAGAGUACAUCCCGGCGAACGAAGACGUGAGUCCCGCCACCAGAGAGCGAAAUGUUCACUUUGAGAGUGUCGCCAAAUACACAGAGGACAACGACGAUGACGACGAAACACAUUCGGAUAAACUCAACACAUCGCACGAAACGACAGAUACAAAUAUCGACGCUUCCUCUGUCCACAUUCCUUUGCAAAGCGAUUCUGAAACAAAACUGUCUCUGAGUAAAACCUCCGAGGAAUCGUGCGCUCUGAACAGAAAAGAAAACACGUUUGUGGAGACGUGUGACGAGGAAAAGCUCUCGAAAUUCAACCACUGCGACGGAACCUGCUUAACAAACCCUAAAUCGGACGUACCCCUGUCCAGUAAUAAUAACGAAGUGUCCUUCAAAUCCAGCCUUAGAAAUAAAGACUCGCGAAACGCUCGGAAUAAAAAGGCGCGCGUUCUGAAUGUGUCUUUUACCAGUGACGAAACCGACGUUGCGUCGACGAAUUCUUCUGGGAAGGCGUACUGUGCCAACGUGAAGUUCCAGGAGAGUGCCGAAGACGGCAAAGCUACGGACGCCAAGAACUGUGACGGUGAUAGCUAUGCACCUUUGAAUGAUUCUUACAUGUGUGGGGAUAUUCUUACAACGGAUUUGUGACGCAAUGUGGGUCUUUUUGUUCACCACUGCAAAGACUUUAAGAAUCCACUUACGGUUGAUGUGUCGAUCUUUUUUUAAAAUAUCAAAUUGAUUAUUAUGGACUUAACCCUAUCCGUACGUCGUGUUUUACUGUCGUAUCC